CUUAAUAACAUCCCGUGGCGGAUUUUUCUAAUCACCACCUCCUCAUUCUGAUAAGACUGAUAUUUUAUUUAUUCAUAAUUUUAAAAAAUGUACUUAUCUAUUUAUUUUCUUUUUCCAUUUUUAUUAAACUAACCAAAACAACAGAAAUUGACCAUUCUUUGAAUCGUAUUUGUUUUUAAUUAAUAAAAACAAGCUAAUUUACCUAUUUUCCCGGAGAAACACCAACUGUAAAGUAAUGAUUGGAUGACAUGCAUCCAUUCUGCUGUGUCUCCACUGCACCGGAUCGGAACUCAACGCUUCCUCCUCCUCAUCCUCCUUCUCCUCUUCCUCAAAAGACAACGUUGACAGAACUCCUUAACAUGCCGUCUUCAGGGACAACGACGCCGUAUCGAUCGCUCUCCGCUACGAUUCCGACGAAUCGGAGCCACGGAUCAUCGUCGCCGCAACAGUGCAACGCGACGUCGGAGAACGGCCGCACGCUGAGGCGAUCGGUCACAUUAGAGUCGCUGUGUGGAAUGGAGUCGUCGGUGAGAGAAAAGGAACUAGUGUUGGUGGAUCAGCAGGGCAUUUCGGGAAUUUUGUUUAAAUGGGUGAAUUACGGGAGAGGAUGGCGUCCCCGAUGGUUUGUGUUGAAAGAUGGAGUUUUAUCUUAUUAUAAACUUCACGGUUCGAAUAAGAUCGUUGUUAAUAAAGAAACCGAAAAAGGAUCGAAGGUCAUCGGCGAAGUGUCGAUGAGAAAAAUGUUGCGCCACGUCAAUAGCCAAUCACGUAAAAGAAAACCUGUUGGAGAAAUCCAUUUGAAGGUGUCAUCUAUUAGGGAGAGUAAAUCAGAUGACAGGAGGUUUUCGAUAUUUACGGGAACAAAGAGGAUGCAUUUGAGGGCGGCUAAUAGGGAAGAUAGAGUGACAUGGAUGGAAGCAUUGCAGGCGGUGAAGGAGUUGUUUCCAAGAAUAUCAAACAGUGAGUUGAUGGCACCUGUGGAAAAAGCAGAUGUUUCAACGGAUAAAUUGAGGCAGAGAUUGUUAGAAGAGGGGGUGAGUGAGGAUGCCAUCCAGGAUACUGAGCACAUUAUGAAAACUGAAUUUUCUGCACUUCAUAACCGUCUUGUGGUCCUCAAGCAGAGGCAGGUGUUGCUCCUUGACACUUUGCGUCAUUUGGAGACAGAAAAAGUAGACUUGGAGAAUACACUUGUUGAUGAAAGCCAAAGGCAACUAAAAGAGCAAGAAGCUUCCUCUAUGCUAAGGCAAGAAAAGGGCAGCGAAGCAAGUGAAAGUGAAUCUGAUGAUGACCAUGAUAAACAAGAUGUCAUAGAGGAAGAAACAGAUGAUGAGGACAAUGCAUUCUUUGAUACCCGAGAUUUUCUUUCAUCAAGUUCUUUUAGGAGCAACGGAUCUGAGUAUCAUCGAUCACCAUUUGAUUCUGAUGAUGAAGAUGAGUUUGGUUGUGAAGAUGGCUCUGACCCUUGCAUGAGAUCCAUUGGAUCUGACUACCCUUUUGUUAGGCGGCGCAAGAAAUUGCCUGACCCAGUUGAAAAAGAGAAGGGAGUCAGUCUUUGGUCAAUGAUCAAAGAUAAUAUUGGGAAGGAUCUAACCAAAGUAUGCCUUCCAGUUUAUUUUAAUGAGCCCCUUUCUUCUUUACAGAAGUGUUUUGAAGAUCUUGAGUGUUCUUACCUUAUAGACCGAGCCUAUGAAUGGGGUAAAAUGGGCAAUAGUCUUAUGAGGAUACUGAAUGUAGCAGCGUUUGCAGUAUCAGGGUAUGCUUCUACUGAUGGAAGAAACUGCAAGCCAUUCAACCCAUUAUUGGGUGAGACAUAUGAGGCAGAUUAUCCAGAUAAAGGCCUUCGGUUCUUCUCUGAGAAGGUUAGUCAUCACCCAAUGAUUGUUGCAUGCCACUGUGAGGGGCGUGGCUGGAAAUUUUGGGGUGACAGCAAUUUAAGAAGUAAAUUUUGGGGUCGCUCCAUUCAGCUUGAUCCUGUUGGUGUAUUGACCAUGGAAUUUGAUGAUGGAGAAGUUUUUCAAUGGAGCAAGGUAACGACAUCCAUUUACAACCUCAUUUUAGGAAAACUCUAUUGUGAUCACUAUGGUACAAUGCGAAUAGAGGGAAAUCGUGAGUACUCAUGUAAGCUAAAAUUCAAGGAACAGUCAAUCAUUGAUAGAAAUCCUCACCAGGUACAAGGUAUAGUUCAAGAUAGAAAUGGUAGAACUGUGGCAACAUUGUUUGGAAAAUGGGAUGAGAGCAUGCACUAUAUAAACGGUGAUGGUUCUGGGAAAGGAAAGUCAGAACCCCAGUUGCUUUGGAAGCGAAGCAAACCGCCUAAAUAUCAAACCAGAUAUAACUUUACACGCUUUGCCAUCACGUUAAACGAGCUUACACCUGGACUUAAGGAGAAGUUGCCACCAACAGACUCUAGACUGAGACCUGACCAAAGAUGCUUAGAAAAUGGAGAAUAUGAAAUGGCGAAUUCAGAGAAGUUGCGGCUAGAACGGAGGCAGCGGCAGGCACGGAAGAUGCAAGAGAGGGGAUGGAAGCCAAGAUGGUUUGCGAAAGAGAAAGGUAGUGAUACAUACCGCUACAUUGGCGGCUACUGGGAGGCCAAGGAAAUGGGCAACUGGGAAUCAUGCCCUGAUAUCUUUGGCCAACUCCAUACUGAUCAAAUCUUUGACUAACUAAUUCAACUUCUCAUUUUUUUUUUUUUUCUCUCUUGAAAAAAAAUAAAUGGGGUUUUUCUUUCAGUUUACUAUUAAUCAAAUGAUGUACACAAAUUCUGUCAAUUAUACUGGACAGAUAGGCUGCCAUGCUUGCCAUAUAGAGCAGUAGCUUAAAAGGCCGCACAUUUUUUUU